AUGUCCCAAGUGUACCUUAUUUCAGGAGCAUCCACUGGCUUUGGCGCCCUGGCGGCUCGAGCCAUUGCAAAAAGAGGCCAUACCGUUUUCGCGGGCAUGUACUCACACAGCGGAAACACUAAAGAGUACGAAGAUGCCAUUUCAAAAUACGCCAAAGAACACAAAGUGGACCUACGGGCUGUUCCCCUUGAUCUCCUGUCCCAAAACUCCGUUGAUGCGGCUGUGAAUAGUGUUGUCGGAUCGACUGGCCGGAUCGAUGCCGUGAUCCACAACGCUGGCCACAUGAGCUGGGGCCCGACCGAGAGUUUUAGUGCAAAGCAAUUGCUUCAGCUUUACGACGUUAACGUGGUUGGUUGCCAAAGGCUGAACAAGGCGGUACUCCCACAUAUGCGAAAGGCUCGAUCUGGACAUUUGAUUUGGAUCUGCAGCAGCUCAACAUAUGGUGCAAAGUCUCCCAUGCUGGGCCCUUAUUUCGCUGCCAAGGCCGCACAGGACGCCCUCGCACAGUCUGUUGCUCAUGAGCUGAUGCCUUGGGGGAUUGAGUCAACUCUAGUAUCACCGGGAGUCUUCACAAAGGGCACAAGUCACUUUACGGAUGCUGCAAAUCCUGCAUAUCCCGAGAUCGCGGCCGAGUACGAAGCUGGCCCCACCAAAGGCAUAAGUGAGGAGACAAUGAGCGGCACGGCAAGCCUGCCACCGCCAGAUGCCGAUCCGUCUAUGGUCGCAGAUACAUUAGCAGAGCUGUCAGACAUCCCGAGGGGGAAGAAGCCAUUCAGAAUGUUUGCUGAUCCUGUUGGCGACGGUGGAGACGUCGGUGCGAUGGUGAUUGACAAUAACAAAGUCAACUUUUAUCGCCGGAUGAAGAUGGAAAAGUAUCUGAAGGUUCAGUUGUGA